AACAAUCAGUAUUCCAUUGGCGAUAAUAGCAGAAAACAAAAUUUCAAGGCACAUUACAUCGAAAAUCCCACUGAAGUAAAGCUUUUAAUAGGAAUAACAGUGGACUGCAUCUAAAUGGCUAGCAUUUCGUUUAAGAAUCAACCCACCCAGGUGUUGCACACCUAUCAGGUUUGGCGCAUCGGCAGCAAUGUGAACGACAAGACUCUCGACCUCUGUUUGUCUGAUAAGUCGUUGGAUAAGUACCAUGCCAGUUUGACGCGCAGCGAGAAGGGAUUGUUUCUGGUCAACGAAAGUCGCAACGGAAGUGUGGCCGUGAAUGGAGCCAAGGUCGGUGGUCCGGUGCUCAUCACCUAUCGGGAUGCCAUCAAUGGCAUUGUUAAGAUCCGAUUUGGUCAUAUCGAGGGAUACCUUCGUGUAUCGGGCAGCAUUACCGGCUAGCGUUUAUGUAUCACUUUGGAUAUGUCCCUUUUUAAAUCGUAGGUUUUUUUUUGUACCGAAACUCAUAUUUGCGCGAAUAAAGCAGGCGAAAUAGAUAAUAGUUCUUAAGAUUAA